ACACCUGUAAUCCCAACACUUUUGAGGCUGAGGCGGGCAGAUCAGGAGGACAAGGGAUCAACACAACCAUGCCAGCGUGGUGAAACCCCGUCUCUAUUAAAAAUACAAACAUUAGCUGGGCAUGGUGGCGCGCGCCUGUAGUCCCAGCUACUCGGGAGGCUGAGGCAAGAGAAUCGCUUGAACCCGGAGGCGGAGGUUGCAGUGAGGCGAGAUCGAGCCACUGCACUCCAGCCUGAAGACAGAGCGAGACUCCGUCUCAAAAAAAACAAAAAAAACAAAAAAAAGGACUGAAAUGUAAAUAUUCACGCUCAGGAUAUGGCAUUUUCAUUUUGUUUUGGCGUGUUACUGGGCUGUCCUCAGACACCUUCCUUUCAUAUCUUAAACUCCUGUCUUUCCAGGAAAGCUUCUAGAAUUUUUGUUUCGGUCUCAAGGGCAUGAGGGGAGAACCUAACAGGUUGCGGGCGAGCCCCAUAGAAUUCAGCACGCCGUUCCCCGCAGCGACACUACUUCUGAACGCAGGAGCGACUGCCCGUCCCGGCUCUCUCCAGGAGAAUGGAGGCAAACGUACAUUCGAGGGGCUCAAAACCUGGAGUUCGAAACGUCUCAGUUCCUCCGUCUUAGUUCCUCUUUUCCCGGGUUCAGAGGCCACCUGUGCGGCAGGGCACACCUGCCACUCUCAUAGCCUUCGGAACCGGCAACCCGUCGACCGCUGGCUCCAGUCGGUGGGACUAAGAGGCUGAACGGAAGGAAGGAGAGCCGGGAGCGCGGUCGCUCGCUGGCUGGCUCAGGGGACGCCGAAGGGGGGCGCCGGCGCGCUCGGACGGGGUGCGCGCGCCGCCGCCGCGUCACCAGCGUGCGGCACGUGCCCGUGUUUACGUCCCUCGUGGAGCCGCCGACGUCAGCAGUCGAAUGGCAACAUUGUGGCGAUGCUGAGGCGCAGAGUUUAGGAGACGCGUUCUUCAGUCAGGCCGAUCCCCAGUUUUCCGCGGCAGCAGCGGGGGCGGGGCGAGCGACCAGGACCCACACAGCGCCGGCCCAACCCCGCGGGACCCGCGCCUCACCUACGGUACACCGCAGACGCAGCUCCACGGCCCCGCGCGGUGGGCGGCGGGCGGCCGCGAAGCUCUGCGGCAACGCGGAGCUUGUAAACAGAUCCGGCCGCACGUGACCAUGUGAACUACCUGCUCCCGGGACGCGUAUUGUCCUUCUUGCGAUCCGCGCCACAAAGGAGCUCGCGAUCCGAGCACGGAGGGAUUGGCGAGCGAGCCGGGAGAGCCGGCCGGCGCACUAAGAUGGCUGAAGGCGCCCGGCGAGGGUGAGCUGGGGGCGCGGCGCAGCCAACGGGGAGUCCUCGGGCGGAGUGGGCCAGCGGCCCUCCCGCGCGGCGAGAAACCGGAGCCACCAUGUCGUUCGCGCUGGAGGAAACACUCGAGUCGGACUGGGUGGCUGUGCGACCCCAUGUGUUCGAGGAGCGCGAGAAGCACAAAUUCGUCUUUAUUGUGGCCUGGAACGAGAUUGAGGGCAAGUUUGCCAUAACCUGCCACAACCGGACGGCCCAGAGGCAGAGGAGCGGCUCCCGGGAGCAGACGGGGGCUCGAGUUGGCGCCGAGGCCAGCACAGCUGAGUCCGACGGGAGCCGCGGGCCCAGCAGCCCGGCUGGCAGGGGCCGGCCCGAGGCUACUGCCUUUGCACCUCUGGUUAGAAGCCCCGGGACCCGGCGGAGUCCGGCCUUGGCGGAGGGCGGCUCUCCUCGGAGCACUCGCAACCUUCUGGGGGACCCGCGGCUGCGGAGUCCGGGCAGCAAAGGGGCGGAGAGUCGUCUUAGGAGCCCAGUGCGGGCCAAACCCAGCCCAGUUCUGAGAACGUCUGAAGCCACCGAUGCGACGGAGGCCGCUACUGCGGCAGCCCGGCCGGCGCCCAGAGAGGCCCCGGUGUCCUCUGUACGGAUAGUGAGCGCCUCCGGGACGGUCUCCGAGGAGAUCGAGGUGCUGGAAAUGGUGAAGGAGGACGAGGCGCCUCUGGCGCUCUCGGAGGCGGAGCAGCAGCCGCCAGCCACCGAGCUGGAGUCUCCGGCCGAAGAGUGCAGCUGGGCCGGACUCUUCUCUUUCCAGGACCUGCGCGCGGUGCACCAGCAGCUGUGCUCGGUGAACUCGCAGUUGGAGCCGUGCCUGCCGGUGUUCCCCGAGGAACCUUCGGGCAUGUGGACUGUGCUGUUCGGGGGCGCCCCCGAGAUGACCGAGCAGGAAAUCGACACUCUGUGUUACCAGCUCCAGGUCUACCUGGGCCAUGGCUUGGACACUUGCGGCUGGAAGAUUCUCUCCCAGGUGCUCUUCACCGAGACCGAUGAUCCCGAGGAGUAUUACGAAAGCCUCAGCGAGCUGCGGCAGAAGGGCUACGAAGAAGUGCUUCAGCGAGCCAGGAAGCGCAUCCAGGAGCUCUUGGAUAAGCACAAGAAUACAGAGAGCAUGGUGGAGCUUCUGGAUUUGUAUCAGUUGGAGGAUGAAGCCUACAGCAGUCUUGCGGAAGCUACAACUGAACUCUAUCAGUAUUUACUACAGCCAUUCCGAGACAUGAGAGAACUUGCCAUGCUACGAAGACAGCAGAUCAAGAUUUCCAUGGAGAAUGAUUACCUGGGACCUCGAAGAAUUGAGAGUCUACAAAAAGAAGAUGCUGAUUGGCAGCGGAAAGCUCACAUGGCUGUACUGUCUAUUCAAGAUCUUACUGUCAAGUAUUUUGAAAUAACAGCUAAAGCUCAAAAAGCUGUGUAUGAUCGAAUGCGAGCAGAUCAGAAGAAAUUUGGUAAAGCAUCAUGGGCAGCGGCUGCUGAACGGCUAGAAAAACUCCAGUAUGCAGUUUCUAAAGAAACUUUGCAGAUGAUGAGAGCUAAAGAGAUAUGCUUGGAGCAGCGGAAACAUGCACUAAAGGAAGAGAUGCAGAGUUUGCAGGGUGGUACAGAAGCCAUAGCCCGAUUGGAUCAGUUAGAAGCUGACUAUUAUGACCUGCAACUUCAGUUGUAUGAAGUACAGUUUGAAAUCUUGAAGUGUGAAGAGUUACUAUUGACAGCACAACUAGAAAGCAUCAAAAGACUUAUAUCAGAAAAAAGAGAUGAAGUGGUGUACUAUGACACUUACGAAAGCAUGGAGGCCAUGCUGGAGAAGGAAGAAAUGGCAGCGUCUGCAUACUUACAGAGAGAAGAGCUGCAGAAACUUCAGCAGAAAGCACGCCAGCUGGAAGCAAGACGUGGACGGGUUUCUGCCAAGAAAUCCUACCUCAGAAAUAAAAAGGAAAUAUGUAUUGCAAAACACAAUGAAAAAAUCCAACAGCGCACUCGGAUUGAAGAUGAAUAUAGAACCCAUCACGCAGUACAACUAAAGAGAGAAAAAUUACAUGAUGAAGAAGAAAGAAAAAGUGCCUGGGUUAGCCAAGAGAGACAGAGAACACUGGAUAGACUUCGAACAUUUAAACAGAGGUAUCCUGGGCAAGUCAUACUUAAAUCAACCAGAUUACGACUAGCUCAUGGAAGAAGAAAAGGUGCAGCAAGUCCUGUUCCCCGAGAGGAUCAGUGUGACUCUCUACCAAGUGUAUUACAGGUAGAAGAGAAAACUGAAGAGGUAGGAGAAGGCAGAGUCAAGAGUGGGCCGUCACAGACAGCAGAACCCCAGAGCCUUGUACAACUUGAAGAUACUUCAUUAACACAACUUGAAACCACUUCAUUACCUCUCAGUGGUGUUACCUCUCAACUGCCUCCCCCUGUGUCUCUUCCACUUUUGAAUAACAACCUCGAGCCAUGUUCUGUUACCAUAAGUCCACUCCCACCCCCUCUUCCUCCAACACCACCACCUCCCCCACCUCCUCCCCCUCCACCCCCACCACCACCUCUGCCUGUUGCUAAGGACAAUGGCCCAGAGACCCUGGAGACAGAUCUGCCUAGAAAGGAGGGGAAUGAGAAGAGGAUCCCAAAGUCAGCCAGUGCCCCCUCAGCACACCUCUUUGAUAGCAGCCAACUGGUCAGUGCACGGAAGAAGCUCAGAAAGACUGCUGAAGGUUUGCAGAGGAGGAGAGUGAGCUCACCCAUGGAUGAGGUGCUAGCCUCCUUGAAGCGUGGUAGUUUUCAUCUGAAAAAGGUUGAACAGCGAACUCUGCCUCCUUUUCCUGAUGAAGAUGAUAGUAAUAAUAUCUUGGCACAGAUAAGGAAAGGGGUAAAACUGAAGAAGGUACAGAAGGAUGUUUUGAGAGAAUCCUUCACACUUCUACCUGAUACAGACCCUCUAACACGGAGCAUCCAUGAAGUUCUUAGAAGAAUUAAAGAAGCAUCCCCAGAGUCAGAGGACGAAGAGGAGGCUUUGCCUUGCACAGACUGGGAGAACUAACAAGUGAUUUAACAGAAGAAAAAUAUCAUUCAAGAUUGGUUCUGAUUCUUUGGAAAAUGAUAGUUUAAGCCCUUGGUUCCUCAGUUGGAUAACAGUAGAUCCAAAGUGCAUUGGUUCAGUCGUGUGAAGAAAGGAAGCACAGUUGGCAGGUUAUCACUUUCCAGUCAUUCCAACAGAUGAUGGUUAACACGAAUUUUACAUGUGCAAUGUUCCUGACUGCAAUGAAGAAGAGGCCUUCUGGAGCUUUCUGUUUUUUAAGCACAUUCUCCUUCCAUCCACCUAUUUACAUCCUUGUAAUGGCCAGUUAAGCUAGGGCUUGCUGUAAGUUGGAAGAACACUGGGUUGACCAAGAUCUGCUGUGAGCUAUAUUGGGACUGCUUUCAGAACCGUCUUUCAGUGCACUGAAAAGUCAUCUGAAAAUGUAGCUUCUUCCAUAUCAGCUUAUAUUAAAUCCUGUGACACUCUGAAAAAGUUGAUCAUGGUAGCUCCAAGUCAGGAUUUAAAAUCAGAUGGAAAUACACCUAAAAUCUCCACAUUACUUAUUUCCAAAGGAUUUUUCAUAAAGAUGUUCCGCAACAUCUGAAAAGCUGCAUGGAGAUAUAUCAGUGUGUUCACAACAUGAUACAUUUAACAUGGCAUAUUUUUAGGAGUCUUAUACUUUGUAAGGUUUUGAAGUUUCCAUGCUUUUAAAUCACUCUUCGUAAUUCUGAAUUUAUAAUUUUGAAUUUAUGUGCAUCCUUGUUUAUGGGAGGCAAUACUUUGAUAAUGUUUCAAAUUAUUUUUAUUUUGUUUGAACUAUUGCUUGAUUGCUAUGACUGACAUUACUUUCCUGUUGAGAAUCAGAAAUCAAGAUUCAAUAAUAGGGAUGUAAAUCUUAACUUUUUUCCAAACCACCAUUUUAUGUUUUUAUGUUUAUGCUUCACAGUGAAAAGCAUAUGCUCUACAAAGAUAGAAAGUAGACAAAGCAGACAAGUUUCCAUGGCUGGCAUUUCACCAUCUUCAGAUGCACUGAAUGGAAUUUUGGGAGAAAGCCUUUGUGUUGCCACUAAACUUACACACAGCUUUAGGUGCUCAUUUUGGCUGUGAUGGAGUCCUGAAGGACCCAUUGAUCAGAAUAUUCAACAGGAUUGUCGUAGGUUUGAGUGAAUGUAGAUUGUGGGACUCGGUGUGCAGUACCCUGUACAUGUAAUUCUGCAUAAGACGGAUCUUGGCCUUUCUGUGGAGGGAGUUAAGAACUAAAAUACCAAAAAAGAACUUUAUUUCUUUUAAGGCAAUUUUCUGACCUAAACUCAGAAAGCAGUACAGAAGCAAAAGCCCAGUGCAUAUGAAUUGGUUUUGCUGGAGAAAAAAAGAAAUGCUCACACUUUUGUUAUUUUAAAAUGUUUUCUUGAAAAUAAUUAGGGAGAAAAUUUUCUGGCAACAGGUUAUAUAGACAAUUUCUUUUUAUUAUUUCAAAACAAAAAGGCACACGCCUCCAUGCCCAGCUAAUUUUUUUAUGUUUUGUAGAUUUGGGGAUUUUCCAUGUUGUCUAUGCUGGUCUUGAACUCCUGGACUCAAUCUGCUGGCCUUGACCUCCUAAGUGCUAGGAUUACAGGCAUGAGCCUGACAAAAUCUUUUAUUUAAGUGUUAGUAGUAUGUUUAUUGAUGAGACUAGGAGCUUCUGUGCGGUGUCUUCAUAAUAUAUUGGUUUUAGUUCCCACACUAUUCCCGCUUCUUGUCUGGAAAGAUCAGAAAUACAGAUGUAAUAUGGAAACUUCAUCCCAAAACAGCAUGGAGGUGGUGAUAGUGUCCUGUUUGCCCUUGGUAAAAUAUUAAAGCAUAUUUCUUAACCCAAAGAGUGAUUGGUUAAAGCAAAUUUGCAGACCUUUACAAAAUCAUGUAUCAAUUUUAUGCUAUCCAACUUUUAGGUACCCAUGUGUCAACAUUUCACAUAUCCAAUGCUUUGGGUGCUUGUUCAUGACUUGUUUUUCAUUUAUUCAAAUUCAGAAAAAUACAGACGGAUGUAGUGUUAAAUUAGCCAAAACCCCUGGAACGUUCAUAUAGUGAGAGGGAAUUUGCUACUCUUUUAGUGUUGGGUUUCCAUUAUAAAAUAGGCUCAUUUAUACACCUGUCCUGUGGUCUGUCUUCCAGGGUGUGCUGUAAUAAAUCUGUAGCAAAGAGUGGAGGGUGGAGAGUGUGCAGAACUCCUCUCAGCCUCAUGGAUGCAUCCACAACUCUCUCAGCCCGUUCUGUUAUAGUGCUCCAUGAGCCACCUCACACUUGAAGAUAAGGAGGUUAAAGCAGACAGAGUAUUGUUGGCAGCCAGCUGUGCCCACUCUCUUGUAAAUAACUUUCCAUCACACCCAUUUCCUUGCCUCAAGAUGCAGGUUCCUACGUCUAUAAAAUUUCAAAUGACUGCAGGUCGGAAACCUUUGGUGUUACAAAUAAUAAUAAAAAGUUCAGAUAAUUAGGGUCUGCUUGUCCAUUAAGAUGACAUUACCAGUGGAACCCACCUGUUAAUUUUGUGGCUUCAGAACCCAACAAAAGUUAUGGAAGCCUGGUUAAAUUUCCUCUUUUCUUUUUGCCCCUAAUAAAAUGAGGAUCUUUGGCCUUAAUACUCAAUUUGUGUAUUUUUAGUUGUGAUGGUACUUGUAAAUGCUCACAUUUCCAGUUCCAAACUUGCGUGUGCUUUCUAUGUCCUUCAAAAUAUUUGACCCUUAAAUUUCUGUUAAUAUAUGGUUUCUGUAUCCACAAUCAGCUGUUUGCUUAUGCUGAGUCAAUUUAGAAGAUAAUUUGCCAAUCUGGUCUCAACUGCAGUGCAUUUAAAAUAGGGAAAACAAGUAAAUGAGUUUGAGAUGUUUUGAUAUUAAUAUUACUGCCCACUUAACUGUGAAUUUCAAAUGGCUCCUAAUGCAACCAAAAUUAUAACCAAUGUAGCACGUAUAGGAAAGGCAUUCUUAAUGAUUUUAAAUCCAUACUGCUGUAUAUUACAGCAGUAUGAGGAGUGCCUGGGUAAAGAGAAUUUUUAAAAGAUGAACAGUGGUUUUGUUUGUAUAGUAUAGGCUUAUUGAGUUGGUGAGCAGCAUAAAAACAUUUCUUAAUUCUUCGUUGUGGAAGUGAAAUAUUUCUGUAAUGCAUUUUUUUCAAAGGAGACUCCUAGAUACAGCUAUAGUAGUGGGAAUAGAGAGGUAGAGCUUUUCUCAUAAGAUGAAACCAGAAAAUAAAUUUCAGCACUUUUACUUUAUGUAAUGAGGAAAAAAAUUGUUUCUACAGAGUUGAGCUGUGUAGUAAUAUUUGGUAACACAUGGUGUGGCUACUUUAUGUCAUUGAAUGUGUGUUAGUUGCAAAGCAUACUUGGGUCAUAGUAGACACUGAGAAUUAAAACUCUUAAGUCAAUGAAACAAAAACGAAUGGGCAGCGUUCUCUCUGUUUGGAAUGGGAUCAGUAUACAAUUAAUACAAUUUAAUUUUACACAUUCAUAAGACACCAUUUUUAAGUUACAUUCACUGAGUGUAUUUGUAUAAAUUUAAGUCAGUGCUUUUAGCCGAGGCAAAGCUUUUUCAUUAACUAAAUACAUGGUUUUUUUUUUUUUUUUGGUGUUCUUUUUUAGCUUUAUUAUUGGAGUAUUACAAACUUAAUAUUAGAUACACUAUUGGGUCCCUAAGGGCUCUGUCAGGGAGUUGAAAUUUCAUAUGCUUUACUUGUAAAAAAUGAACAGCUGUAAAACAUUUCAAAACUAUUGCAAACACAUUGUUAAAAUGCAACCAUUUGAUAAAGCAGAAACCUUAAGUUUUGCCUAAUUAUUGCACUAAAUGUAAAUGAUAACAUAAAAUUAAAUGUGCAUUUUAAACAGAUUCUAUUUCCCACUUACUGCUUAGCAUAGAAAAAGAGCUAUGCUUAGAGGAGUGACCAGCAAGAUUGAUUUUAGGUGGAAGAGGGGUGAGAAAGCGGAAGCACCUUACUAUUGGAGCAUGUUGCAUCUAUUUAGUGCUACUGAACAAUUUGGUGGUUAUUUCUGAACUUUGCUGCAAAGUGCUCUUUAGUUAAAGCACAGAAAGAAGGGUCACUGCUUAAUUGCUUUCUAAAAUAAAGCAAUGGUAUUUUUUAUCCUAUAUAGUGUAAUUUAAAAGUUUUCCUACAAAGUGAGUUUAUAUUGCUGCCUAAACUGUUAUGUAAACAAAGGGUUUUUAAAGGUGGGAGGGAGUCUGGAUUCAGUGAGUGUGUGUAUGUGUGUGUGAAUGUAUGAAGAGUUUCCCUAUUGGGUCAUUUUGAAGAUGUGUUUAUUGUAAAGUUUUCUGUGUUUUGCCCACAGCAAAUGUACAACUUGGCAAUUGCAGGAUUUAAUUGAUUGAAUUCCAAAUUUAUACUGUCUCUCCCCUUCUGCAAACACAUGCCACUGUAAGGUGCAUGUACAGAAAAUACCUCUGAGGUUGACUUGUUAAAUAAUUGAUGAGUGUUAUUUCACACGGACUCUCAAAGCAGUCAUUUGUUUUGCAGAUUAGGGGAAAGUUUUGUUUUUUGCUGGUUUUUAUUUUUAAUUAGGUACACUUAAGAGUGGCUAAAUUUGGAGGAGUUGUUGGUGGGUAGGAAAGACCUUGAAAAGUGAUGUUUACAUGAAAACAAAAGGUAUGGAUGUUGGUUACAGAGUUCAGUUUUAACAAGGGAAAUUUGGGGAUUUUUUUUUUUUUUUACUUGCAUGUUUUAUGGGUAGCUAUUAAAGGAUGUAACAAGUUAUUCCAGCUUUUCCCAAUACUAAUUACAUUGAUUUAAGAAGUCUGCAUAAUCACUCGGUGGCAUUUUCCCUUCAUUUGUGAACCGAGAGGGGUAAAUGAUGCAUCCCAUACGAUGACUUCUGACUUAACUUUUGACAGAAUCUCCAUUGUCUCAUUGAAUUUCUCAUUGUAUUGUAUGUCUUUCCAAGUGUGAAACCAUAAUAUGUAGUUAAUGAAAAAAUGGAAGGCUGCAGAUUGUUUUGCAUGAAUAAUUAAUUGCUCAUUAGGGCUAUGAAGACUGACAUGAUUUUUAUCAGUUCUGGGUAAAUGAAAAUGUUAAUGGAAAACUGAUUCACCAUUUUUACUAGCUUUGUGCAAUAUUAAAAGGUAGAAGCAAAACACUAGCACAUUGUGCUUGGCUUGUAAGGAUGGCUUUAAUACCAUUACAUUAAAUGGACAGUGUGCACAGUGUAUUGUAAAUGCCAACUCUUGCAAAUUUACAAUACCUAAAUAUGUUCAAUUAACAUUCUAAAGUAUUAAAAGUACAAAGGAAAAAGUAAGCAAGCAUUUAUAGCAAUACCAUGAAAUCUCCAGUAAUUGUUUUGACUGUUGCCUUUGCUCUUUAGUGCAACUUUUCUGCAGUGUAAUUGUAUUGCUUUGUAUUUCAUGUUUUUUACACUCAUGACUUCAGAGUUAAGUACUUGUGCACCAAGUAUUGCAAUCACCUUUCUCUUGUUGUACAUGCAAUGUAACAACCUACAGUUUUGGUGCUUUUAACAAUAUUCCUCUUUUUCUUUAAUAAAGGAUAUUUAUUUGAAUUAA